CCGGUGAUGGAGGUGAUCUGCUCUCGAAUGCGUUAUAUGUCGUCUCAGCUGGACACUCCAGUGCGUAUAGUGGCUCUAUCGAGUUCGUUGGCAAAUGCUCGUGACCUGGGGCAGUGGCUCGGGUGCUCGUCACAGACUACUUUCAACUUCGCUCCGAAUUGCAGACCUCUGCCGUUGGAGUUGUUUAUUCAGGGCUUUAACCUGUCCCACACGGCCUCGCGGCUGGCAGCAAUGUCAAGACCGGUCUAUUCGGCUAUCGGACGGCAUGGAGGGAAGCUGAGACCACGUCCGGCACUGGUGUUCGUGCCGAGUAGGAGGCAGUCGAGAUCGACAGCGGUGGAUAUGUUAACGAUGGCGCACGCGGAUUCGCAGCCGAAAAGAUUUUUACACAUAAAUCCGACGGAACCAACGUUCGUGAAGAUGAUCGAGGCUGUUCAGGAUAAGACGUUAAAAGAGACGUUGGCGUGUGGAGUUGGUUUCCUGCAUGAGGGUACGAGUGCGAAGGAUAUGGCCAUCGUGGAACAACUGUUUCAGAGUGGGGCGGUGCAGGUCUGUAUAGUGCCGCGCACAAUGUGCUAUCAGAUAUCGAUGUCAGCGUAUGUGGUGAUAAUAAUGGAUACGCAAUAUUAUAAUGGUAAAUAUCACGUCUAUGAGGAUUACCCGAUUGGAGACGUAUUGCAUAUGGUGGGGCUGGCGAAUAGACCGGGACUGGAUGAGGACGGUGGGGUUUAUUUAUUAUUAUUUUUAUUAUUAUUAUAUUUAUUAUUAAUAUAUUUAUUAUAUUAUUAA